AUCUGAUUCACUUAAUUGCAAGUUGUGUAAAUUGUAAACUCAAAAACUAGAUUAUAACCCAAGAAUUAGAAACAGUUACAAUUCUAAAUAGUUUAGUGGUAGGUUUCUAAAUAAAUAAUAAGUUGAGUGGCAAAAAAAUCUAAUUUUCCCGAAGAAAUAAGCCUACUUGGCCGGAUUGUAUUUUGGGAUCCCUUAAUUUUCAGUCCCGUGUUUUGUGAAUAGUAUGCCGACGGCGCUACACAACUCCGGCGGCGUAUGCAGACUCUGAAAGAUUGUUGUGCUUGAUUCAAAUCUCGAAAUUUAUAGCCGAAAAGAUGAUGCGGUCGUUAAUUAAUGCUACUGCUAAACGCAGCAUUCAUCUUGCUCAACUUAAUUGCCAGAGAGGGAUGCACACCAGAAAUAAAAAGGCAAUGGAGCUCAUCGCUAAUGGUUGGAGUGCCUUGAAGGAAGUUGAUAGAGUGAUUGAUUAUUGUGAACUUAAUGAUAAACGUCUCAUUCCUCUACUUAGGACAGCAAAGGAAAACUUUGAAUUGGCUCUGGAGACUGACAACUCUAAUACACAUGCAAGAUUUUGGCUUUCCAAGCUGCAUUUGAAGUACCAUGUCCCAGGGGCAUGCAAAGCAGUAGGGGCUGCGUUAUUAGUAGAAGCCGCAGACAUGGGUGAUGCAGAUGCACAGUAUGAACUGGCUUGCCGCUUAAGAGUUGAGAAUGACUAUGUUCAAGCUGAUCAGCAAGCCUUCCAAUAUCUAGAGAUGGCAGUUGACCAGUUACAUCCAGCUGCACUUUACAUGCUGGGAGCUGUAUAUCUGACGGGGGAUUGUGUGAGAAAAGAUAUUUCGUCAGCAAUAUGGUGUUUUCACAGAGCAUCACAAAAGGGGCAUGCUGGGGCUGCUAUAGCAUAUGGAUCCCUUCUUCUUAGAGGUUUUCAAGUUCCAGAGUGUCUAACCAAAUUUACUGUGAGGAAGGACUCAUCUACUAGAACAUCAAGGAAAAAUGCAGAGAACUCUAAAAAAAAUGCACUUGAGAUGGCAAGAGAACAAUUUGAAAUUGCUGCUAAAGCAAAAUGUGAUCUCGGAUUCAGAUGGUUAAAAAGACUUGAUGAAGAAGAGAAGCGUUUAACCAAUCUAUAGUCUAUUAUUUACUGACAGCAGUAAAAGCUCCUAUAGCUGUCAGAUGUUUGUAAGCUGAAGCCUAGGUGUGCUUACAAUUUUAGUGAAUACUACAUGUCCUUAAUAGCCUAGACUUACAGUUGUAUGCUUGAAAUCUUUGCUCGGUUUGGGGUAGUUUUGUGUCAUAAAUGUUUAUAAAUAGAUCUUCACUUGCCUUUAUGGAUUACAGAUUAAUUGCAGCAUAUUUUAAGUAGAAA